ACCUCAACCUGUCUACUGUGCUGUCUACAACAAACCAUGCCAUAAGUUAACCCGUAGGUAAUAGCUCUGGUAACACUAUUUAUGAAUCAUGGGAAAGAGUUCAAAAGAUAAAAGAGAUGUUUACUACCGUAAAGCAAAGGAGGAGGGUUGGAGGGCACGGAGUGCUUUCAAACUGAUACAAAUCGACUCCAAAUUUAACAUUUUCGAGAAUGUAACUAAAGUCGUAGAUCUGUGCGCAGCACCGGGCAGUUGGAGUCAGGUGUUGUCCCGAAAGUUGUACAUGGGAGAAAAUAUUGAAUUGAAAACACAUUUGAGCAAUAAAGAGGCGAUAAAUAUUUUAAUGGGGGUGGAAAGUGUGGCAGAGAGUGAAACUUCGGCAUCUGUGGCUAAAGGGAAAAAUGAAAAUGUCAAAAUCAUUGCGGUCGAUUUGCAACCAAUGGCCCCUCUGCCGGGUGUCAUACAGAUUCAAGGUGAUAUCACGAAAUACUCAACUGCGCAAAUGAUUAUGAAUCACUUUGAGGGCACAAAAUCCGAUUUAGUCGUUUGCGAUGGUGCACCUGAUGUAACUGGUCUUCACUCAAUGGACAUUUAUGUGCAGUCUCAACUGCUAUUAGGGGCAUUACACAUUACCUGUAAUGUUUUAAAGCCUGGAGGAAACUUUGUUGCGAAAGUUUUUCAUCAUAAAAACAAUGAUCUGUUAACGAAUCAGUUGCUACUUCUUUUUAAAGAUGUUGUUAUUGUAAAGCCAUCCAGUUCCAGGGUUUCGAGUAUAGAAGCAUUUGCUGUGUGCUUAAAUUACUCUCCUCCUGAAGGAUUUGAUCCUGUUGCGAUUACCCCAUUCUUAGAUUUUCAUAAUAAAAAUUUUGAUUCUUUAAUUGGAAUCAAUAGGAUUAUAAUACCGUUUUUGGUGUGCGGCGAUGUGAGCGCUUGGAACGAGACUACUACUGAAACAAAUGAAGCACAAUUUAAACUCGAAGACACCCCUCCACAUUCAUUUUUAGCCUACAAACAACAAAGUAAAAGGGAAAUAGAGUCUGUGAUCCAAGAAUGUGAAAAAUCUAUUCGAACAUUUAAGGAAAGUGGUUGCAGUAUUUAUCAAGGAAGUAAGGAUUCUCUUCAGCAGUUUAAACAUUACCUAGACAAGCCAAAAAGCAUCGACAUUUCACAUGGCCUUGACGGUACAUUCACUUUCAAAAAGCUUCCAGAUUAUGAUUUCGUAGAUUUGCAUGAAAGGCUUUCGAUUUUACAAAUGCAAAUUUCCAAUAAUAAAUGGGAUGGGAAGAGUAAACAACUUAUUAACCAAAAAUGAAUACCUAUAUAAUUUUUCAGAUUAUGUUACCUGCUUCAAUAUUUAUUCUUAGUGAGGAGCAUGAGACUUUUUCUAUUAAUUUGGUUCCCACUAUACCAAAACUACGUUCACGAAACUGAGCACGUCCAACGUAGGCUUUUAAAGUACCUAUGCUGCCGAGAAGAUGGAUGUUAUCCCCCAAGGGGUUUCUCAGUCGACUAUGUGUGUGCGGUUUGAACUUUUCCCUCUUAGUACCAGAAGAAAGUGGCUAUGUGUUACCUUUCUCUACAAACUUUUGUCCAAUGCUGUCGAUUGUCCUUCUCUACUAAACAAAAUCAGGUUCCGCGUUCCAAGAUUGUCGUCAAGAUGCGCAGCAACAUUCAACCCGUUUAGAUGCAAAACUGCUGCGUUACAGAGAUCACCAGUUCAUUUAGUGUGCUCACUAGUGAACGAAUUAUCAUCCACCACAGAUAUAUUUAAUAUUAAUUUAAACGAACUGUUACAAUUCGUAGAAUGAAAUUUUGUUGUAUCUGAGUUGAAUUUUUAGAUUUGUUUUUUUUGCUUUUUUCUUAUUUUGUUUAAUGAAUAGUUAACGACUCGCAAUAACUUUAAUAUUUUUCUUUUAGAUAUUGUCCUGUUAUAGAAUAGGUAUUUAUUACUUGUUUGGACAAUAUAUAUUAUUAUUAUUAUUUAACCGAACUACGCCACACGAGCUAGCGGGCAUGGAAGUGUGGUUGUUGUUUCUGGGCUUCUUUUAAUAUAGGUAAAUCGAUUUCCCUAAUACACAAAAUCUUCAGGGGAUUUAUAUCGACUUAUCUGGUAGAAUAUGUUAAUUUAUUUUCCCUACACCAUGAUGGUAGAAGGGUUUUGAUUAUAAUAAAUAAUAGCAUUACAA